UCUCAGACAUUCCACGUUAAACUUAGCGUGCGCUAAGAUGACUAGGCUUUGUUGGAUUCAACCUUGCUUGAUGGAUCUAGACUCUAUUCUUUCAUUCGACAAGAAACAUGAAGACUUCUAUCAUCUUCUUGGGUGUGACGAGCUUUCUUCGGUGGAGCAAAUUAUGGCAGAGUUCAAGCACAAGGCUCGUAUAUUUCAUCCUGACAAGAAUCCAGUUGACCCCAAUGCAAGCAAAAUGUUUGCAAACUUGCAACGUGGAAAGGAAGUCUUAACUGACCCUAAAUUGCGUCUAAAGUAUGACUUCUGGAGACGCAGUGGCUUGAUGGUACCAUUUGACAUGUGGCUGGACAGGCAGCUUAGUUCAUCUCUUCAUUGGGCAAGUGAAGGCAAGAAGGAACUGAUGAUAAAAGAUACACAGUCAUCAAGCUUGGAUUUGGAAACAGAAACAACUGCCAAUGCUUCAGGUCACAACAAGCAAUGGACAAAGAUGCCUGCAUGUAGUAGUUCUGUCCUCAGCAAAUUCAGAAACUAUCAGAUUUAGUAACAAACGAUCUAACCAUAACCAGUAACAAAAACAUGACAAACAACAUUUUAUUAAAUGUAGAUCCAUAUAUAGUGUUUCAAAGUACAUAUGAUUGAGUACAACAGGCUUGCAAGUUGGAGCAGCCAGCUACUGAUUUUGAUGGCCUGCAUUUUGCAUGUGUAAUGUAGCUUUCCUGUUUAUAUUAUUACUUUGCUUGCUUGUUGUCACAGAGGUGGAAAAUAUCUAAUUUGUUAGUUUGAUGCUGUGAACAUAGUGUUUACAUAUUUAGUACAGUCAAUAGUAUAUCUACACUUGAAUGUUAAAGUUAAGCACAGGCUUGUUUUUCCACCAUUAUGGAACACAAAACCAGUUAAGUGGCAAAGGAAGCAGUUCAA